UGGCGGUGGGUCAACAUGAACGCUCUGACUGUAAUUUCCGUGGCGGCCCUCGUGGCUAGCGGCAGCGCUUCCUUGCUUGCGUACAACGGCGUAUAUGGAGGCCAUCACGGCCUUCUUGGCGCCUACCCUUAUGCAGGUUAUUCUGGUGUGCUGCCCUACGCAUACGCAGGUGCCUUUUCUCCAGCUUCUCCUCUCACCCUAAAAGCACCUGUGAUCAAGACUGUGGCUCCUGCACCUAUCUCUUACAACGUCGCUCCUGCACCUGUGACCUACAAUGUAGCUCCCUUUGCACCUGCAACACCUGUCCAGUCUCAGUAUCACGCUCAGGACGAGCUAGGCCAGUAUUCCUUCGGUUACUCCGGCGGUCCAUCUUCACGCGCUGAGUCUCGCGACGCCUUCGGUGUUGUCCGUGGUUCGUACAACUACGUUGACUCUGAGGGAAAGGUUCAGACUCAGCACUACGUGGCUGACGCCCUCGGCUUCCGUGCGUCCGGCACCAACCUUCCCGUGGCUCCCGACGCCCCUCUAGCCGCCCUACCCGGCCCUGUCCCCGAACCCGUCCAGGAUACUCCUGAAGUAGUCGCCGCCAAGAUCGCCCAUCUGCAGGCCUACAACGAAGCCGCCGCCGCCGCCGCUGCAGCUCCCGACACCCGCUAGGGAGAGAGCUUCACUUGAACGACAAAGUCGAUACAGUAGUGUGUAGAGCUCUCGCAGCCGGAUCUCUUGGUAGCGUCAAGACUAGUCAGUUUGGAUCGAGAGUUGACGCAUUUCUCUUGCCUAUGGACAAGCUAUGCUCAUGUUCAUCUGUAGUGAAAUAUUCCAUUAGAUUUCCUUAAUAAACUUAUAUGAAAGGAA